CACAGCUUUCUUUCACUGCACCUUCCUGCACCUUCACAAAAAGACAUUCUUGCCGUGUCAUCUCUCACCCUUCGCUCCUUCCACUUCCACUUCCAACUUUGUCUCAAUAAAUUAAUUUCUUCAGUCUUCUUCUCUUUCUCAACCCUUCUUCUUCAACAACCCUUGAUCAAGACUCUUUCAAGGAAAAUCACAACCAACAAAUCCAUCCGUCAUCAUGCCUAAGGCCAAGUACAUUCUUCUCGACUGCGACAACACCCUUGUCCUGUCCGAGCGUCUUGCUUUCGAAGCAUGUGCCGAUCUCACCAACGAAAUCCUUGAGAAGUACGGUCUCCCAGAUCGCUACUCUGUCGACAGCCUCCUCGAAGACUUUGUCGGUCAAAAUUUCCGUGGCAUGUUGGUUGGUCUGCAGAAGAAGCACAACUUCACCCUCAAGCCAGAUGAACUCGAGGACUACGUUGCCCAAGAGCUCGGACGUGUCACCCAGAAAUUGUCUGAGAAAGCAACCCCCUGCCCCGGUGCUCCCGAGCAACUCGAGUAUCUCAAGCAACAGGGUUAUCCCAUGAGUGUCGUCUCUACCUCGGCCAAGCCUCGUGUCGUCGCCUCUCUCGUCAAGACCAAGAUCGACCACUACUUCCCCAACGAGCACGUCUACUCUGCUGCUACCUCCCUCAACCCUCCAUCUUCCAAGCCCGACCCCAAGAUCUAUCUCUACGCCUGUGAGCAACUCGGUGUCAAACCAUCUGAGGCCAUCACCGUCGAGGAUAGCAAGAGUGGAGCCACCGCCGCCAUGCGUGCUGGAAUCCCCUUGAUCGGCUAUGUCGGCGUCUAUGGCAUCGAAGAGGGCAAGGAGAAGAUGGAGCAGAUGGCAAAGGUUCUCAAGGAACAAUGCAAUGCUGAUGAGAUCAUGUACGACUGGAAGGAGUUCCCAGAGUUGUUGAAGAAGAUCGAAGCCAAGGCUUAGACUGACAACUCGCGUCUUCGUGACCCAAAGCUCAGUAAUCCUGGCCGGUUCAAACCCACCUGUUCGAGCGACAACCAAUUGAUUGCCGUCAUGCUGAAACGAUCCUUAUGCCAGCCUCAGAGAUAUGACAGAUUCUAGACUUCGAAUCGAAUACUAGAAUAGACAAAAAGCCUUGAAAUAAACAAGGUUGCACCAUUACACCCUCUG